AUGUACACAAAGAUCAUCAAAGAAAUACUUUUAACAAUUCAAUUUAAGCAUAAACACAUCAAACAAUUCGUGGAGUACUGUUGUGAUAAUUUCGUUGAUACUGAAGUCGAUCGAAAGAAAGUGAAAGAACUGGAAGACGAAUAUCAUCAGCACACACCUAUUUGGUGGUAUACAACACAAAGAUUUUUAUACAGUAUGCUGAAUCGUGCAUUACGAGUGAUGGAUGGUGAAGUGAUCACAUUGAUGGGCUUUUUCAUCAGUGACCUUCAUCGACAUAUCGAAGAAUUGCACAAGCGGCAGUUUGGUGAUGCAUCAUCUACUGCUAAAUGCUGUACAGUUUACCGUGGUCAAGGUUUAACGAAGAAAGAUUUUGAUGAACUGAUGGUAACGAAGGGUGGGCUGAUAUCAUUCAAUAAUUUCCUGUCUACCAGUGAGAAUCGCAACGUUUCUCUUAUUUUUACUCCAGGAAAUCGAAAGAACAGUGAUGUGAUCAGUGUUCUAUUUGUGAUCACAAUUGAUCCAAAGCAAUCAACAACGUCAUUUGCUUCGGUUCGCCAUAUCAGUCAGUUUCCCGAAGAAGAAGAGGUACUAUUUUCGAUGCACAGUAUCUUUCGCAUAAGGGAUGUUAAGCCCAUGGAUGGAAACGAGAAAGUGUACGAAGUGGCGUUGUCAUUGACGAUUGACAAUGACGAAGAAUUGAUGGUACUUACUGAACAAAUUCGAAAAGAAAGCUUUCCAAAUACAGAGGGGUGGUCACGACUGAGUCUAGUACUCGCUGACAUAGCACAGUCAGACAUUGCUGAACGAAUCUGUCAAGUUCUAAUUGACGAAACGCCUUCUGACGACUCUGCAAGCCAUGUCUAUAAUCACUUGGGUAAGAUUAAAUGCGAGAAAGGACAAUAUGAGGAGGCAAUAGCACUUUUUCAAAAAUCUCUUGAACUUCGCUUGAUGUCAUCUUCUCCCAAUCAUCCAGAUAUGGCUUCAUCCUACAACAACAUCGGUAAUGCGUAUUACAACAUGGGUGAUUAUCCCAAGGCACUUUCAUCACAUGAACAAGCUCUCAAAAUACGGGAACAAUCACUUCCUCCCAAUCAUCCAGAUUUGGCUUCAUCCUACAACAACAUCGGUAAUGCGUAUUUUGACAUGGGUGAUUAUCCCAAGGCACUUUCAUCACAUGAACAAGCUCUCAAAAUACGAGAACAAUCACUUCCUCCCAAUCAUCCAGAUGUGGCUUCAUCCUACAACAACAUCGGUAAUGCGUAUUACAACAUGGGUGAUCACAGGACUGCUUUAUUAUUUUGUACAAAUGCUGUUCAAAUCGCUCAAAAAGUGUUACCAUUGACACAUCCUCACCUUCAAGUGAUUAAAAGAAGCUUGGAAAGAGCGAAACAGAAACUAUAA